UAAUAAUACAGGACAUGCUGAGCACAGGGGGCGUGGUUAUCAGAGGGGAAGGGGCGGAGCUCUCUCUCAGUUCUCUGUAAUGAAGGUGAAAGUGAAAAUAGUUUUCGACUCAGAAACAGAGAAACUGCACCGUUACACUUCCUGCUGUAACGGACUGAUAAAGGAGGAAUAUAUGUGUGUGUAGACAGGAGACAUUUUAAACACGGGGUUUAAACCUUAAUGAGAUAAAUACCGAAUAUGAGCCGCUCUGAAAUGUGGAAACGCUUCAGCUAAAGCAGCAGAUGUGUUUAUAUGAGGAACAGAGAAGAUGAGUUUAAACUCAUUGGUCCCAGUGGUACAGAGGAGUAUAAUCACUCUGCUGUCACUCUCUCAUGUCGUCUGUCUCCUGAAAUCAGUGCUGUUAACAUGGAGAUCCGGUGGUUUAAGGAGACAGACUGUGUUUGUGUUUAUAAGAACAGAGAGGUGACAGAGGGGAGAGGUUACAGGGGCAGAGUGAGUCUGGACACUCAGGAGCUGGAGAGAGGAAACGUCUCCUUACAGCUGAGAGACUGUACAUGGUCAGAUGAUGGAGAUUACCUGUGUCAGGUCACUGAUGGAGACAGAACAGAGGAGAUUACAGUAGAGAUGAUGAGAGUGGUAAGUAAAUAACUCGACUUCACACUAAUGGUAAAGGCUGAUAUUUUAUAAACUUAUCACAUAUAUUACAUUUUAAUCCAGGAAUCAAACAGAACCAUAAAAAGCAUUUUCAGAUCAUGUUUACAUGAAGGAGUCUGAUCAGUAAGUGAGAUUCCACUUCCAUCAGUCAGCUUCUUUCCCACAAUGCACCUGUGUGUAACCUCACUGCAGUGCAAUAAUGUAGACAGAGACGUUUACCAUGUCGAGUAAAAGACACAACAAACACACAGUAUAUAACACACACCACUGACAGACUCCAUCACAAUCUUACACAAUAAACAUAAAUCACAGCUUUAACAGUUUUCAGUGCUUGUAGACAGAAUAAUUGUCAUCAGUCUCUCUGUGUAACAAUCACACCAUAUUCUGAAAAAGCAUUGAAGAGUCGACUCGGCCUAGCGUUUAGUCUCUUUAAGCUAACAGUAGUAAGGCGUGUUAAUGCACACAGAAUAAAGACAACCUGACUGAACUGAGAACAGAAGUCCUUCACUUCAUUUACAAUGGAUAUAAAAAGUCUACAUGUCCCUGAUAAAAUGGCAGGUUUUUGUUGUGUAAAAGAAUUAAAUCAGGAUAAAUCACGUGUCACGUCUAGGACCCCGCCCUGUGCGGGGUUCGAACCCGGACUGCCGUGGUGUUGCGUGCAAGUGCCUGCACGCUGUGGAGAUAGAGACCCAUACGCAGGAUUCAGAGAAGCGCUGCUUUUAUUACAUAAAGACGAGACAGAGGGCAACUACUGUAACUUAACACUAGACAUGGCAUGGUGUAAAACUAAACAAAAGACAAAACCUGAACAUAACUAACCUAAACCUGCCAUAACACCACAGCACAGUUAACAAUCACAGACAAAGACAUGAACACAAGGAACCCUAUUUAUAGGGAGAGACAUUAGGGCUGAUGGGAUACAGGUGACGCACCAGGAAUGAGAACAAUGGGAAGGGCGUAACACAAAAGACACACAAAGAAGCAGGCUUCCAAGGUUCACCUGCCAGCGCCCUCUCUGGGCCUGGCAGGGAACUGUCCAGCUGUUCCUGACUUCAUGUCAGAACAUUUUCUACCUUUUAUUGUGAAAUUGUGAUUCAUAUAUUAUAGUGAUAAACAAUAAGAUUUGUUUUUGUGGAGAAAAAAUAAAAAUAUACAAUUACCUGGUUGUAUUUUUGCACACACCCCUAAACUAAUACUUAAAGCUAGAGCUGGGUGAUAUGUCCUAUAAAUUGAAUCUCCGUUUUUUAAAACAAAAUUCGAUUUUCGAUUUCAAAAUGAUUAUUUUUCUUAAAGAAAAAUUAAUAAAACACUAGAGACUAUAUGAUAGAUUUUUUUUAUUUGAGCAAAAACACCACCACAUAUGAACUGCAAACUUACUUUCACUAAAGUUUAUUUUUGUUAUUUUAGAAAAUCAAUCAUCUGUACAACAACAUAAAAACCUUUUUUUGGGAUUAAUAAAGUGCAAACUUUCACCAGUCUUUACAAGUUCUAAUUAUUCUAGCAAAAUAAAGUAAUAUAACAAAAUAUGAGGGAUUUGUAAAGUGCAAACUGCAGAUUUAACUUAAAUCACUUUUUAUAAAAUAAAUAGUUGUCACCUGAAAAAAAAUCCCUGAAGAAAAAGAGUUUUGUAAAGCAGUUCAACACGCAACUAACACGCUAAAUAAAAUCAAACAGGAGCCAGACAGCAUUUUACAACUGUGUAUAUGGGCACAAUCAGGUAGAGUGGGCGAAUCCCCAGGGAGAGGCACAGGAUCAUCAGUUUUGUGAGAGGCCUCGCCUCAUCUGCAGUUUCAUUCUAGUUGCCAUAACAUUAUUCAGCUGUGUUCCCACAUUAUUUAGAAAACCGAAUAGACAAUUUAACAUACAUCAAUGAUAAACGGUGAAAUAAUUAAAAGAGAUUAACAAGAGAUUGAAUGUGAUUGGUUGAUUCUGAACACUGCCACAUUGUCAAUUAUGAAAGGGUGUGCAAACUUAUGCCACCUAUUUUAUUGUACAUUUUUAUUUUUAUUUUUCCCCCUAAAAUAAUUCUUAUUGUUCCUACUUUUAUAUGUAGUUUGCAGUUUUUCAAUAAAUGUGGAAAAGGAUCGGACAUGAUUUAUCUUGGGUUCAGUUUUUUUACUCAACAAAAACCUGCCAUUUUAUCAGGGGUGUGUAGACUUUUUAUCCAGAUAUAAAAAGAUUACAUGCUGUCGUAACCAAUAUAUAGAUGAAGCAGCAGCAAAACACAUCAUUCUGUAAUCUGUUCAGUUUUUACAUUGAUAAAUGUCUGUGUUUUUAAUUAAAGGAAGUGGGAAUCUGAUAUUCUGUAUAUUCCUUU